CAAAUUAUUUUCUAGGUAUAACUACUUGAAUAAUAUGUUUUAACCUUGUUAAAUAUUUAAGGUUUAAAGUUUAUAAUGAAUACGUCUGCUUCGGAUUCAGAAGAAGAAAUUUUAGUAUAUGCAGAGUUUAAAGAUACAGUAAAUAUUGAAAAAUAUAAAAACAUCCAUGUCUUAGGUAUAGAUAGAAAAAAUCCAGUUAUACAACUGGACGAUACAUUUUUUACAGGAAAUUUUGAGAAUCCAUUAGGAACAUAUUUAUUUUUUGAAGAAGACCAAACACCACACUGUGAUGAUCCCUUGUUUGAUAAACUACCUGAAAAAAAAUUGAAAUAUUUAUUCAAAACUACCAAGCUUCUAUCUAUGGAGCAUGCAUAUGUCACACCAAAAGAUGGUUCAGACAACAUAGAAAAUAAAGUACAAGUGGUGAAUGAGUCAGACAGUAUAGAACCAGUUGCAUUUGAAAAUUUAGAAGAAGCUUUAGAGACAUUUAAAAAAGAUAAACAAGAAUAUGAUGAGAGUGAAUUAAAACCUGAAAUCAAUUCAUAAUAAAACUUUUACAUGGCAA